AUGGCUAACAAAUUUAUCCUUGUUCCCCAAGAAAUUUAUCGAGGUCUUACGUCUUUUGAUACAGGAGAGCCAAAUCUCGACGACGUUCAACGAACACUUGAUAAAACCAGAAAAGUAAAGGAACAUCCAAAUGCAAAAAAUAUUCACUAUAAUCAAGAAUUAAGACGUUAUUUACAUUUACGUAAUGAGAGACAGAAUCGACCUGUUAAGGUGGAAAUGGUCGCUUCACCCAAGGGAGCAGUUAUGAGUAGCAACCAAGCUCAUCCUUCAACAGAAGAUAAUGAUGAUGAUUUAUGGAUGAGUGAUGAUAUUUCAUUUUCUAAUUAUCCUAGAGAACCUCUCACUAAUUCUUAUAAUAUUGUGCCUCCUCUCUCUGAAUCUUCUUACCCUCCAUCUGUACCUUCUCGAUCCAGAAGUAGAAAUAUAUUAACGGAAGAAGUGUCCCCGACACCGCUAACCCAACGUCAACUUGUAAAAAGGAAAGAAACGGUGAAUGGAGGAGAUAAAAAAAGAUUAAAAAUAAAUAAGGCAAUUAAAAAGUCAAAAAUCCCUGUGAAAAAGAAGCAAAAGAAAAGAGUAACAGCAAACCUAUCCUUACCCUCUACCUCAAUUGAGUCAAUUAUUACAAAGGAUCCUGACCCUGUUAUUGAAUCACAGAAUGCUCCUUUGAGAAAUUCCCCUCCUAUAGAUCUUCAACCAUCUAAAAGAGAGAAGGAAGCGGAAGAUUUUGUAGGGUUUAAGAAACGAAAAGGUAGUAAUACAACACGAGAACAAGAUAGAGUAAUAGAAAAAAGGUUAAUUGCACAAAAGGAAAGGAAAAAGAAAAGAUGGGAGACAAUAAAAAAGUUUCGAGAGCAAACAGUACCUUUAGACCAAGCUGCAAUGGCUCAUUCUCGACAGGUUGAAAAAGAUGCCGAAGCGGCAAGGAUCAGGCGAAGACGACAAAGAGUUUCAAGAAUGGGACGAUCCCCAUCUCCUCCUAUACAACGCGAGCGGUUGAAAAGAAAAUAUCAAAUCCCUGAAGGCACUACACUAGUUCACUACAAAAGGGUUAAGGGACCUUCUUCAAAAAAUAAAGCGAAACAAUUAUCAAAGGCUUGGUCAAAAAAAUUAAAUAUUUUAAGAGGACUGAAAGAAGGGACUAAAAAUUGGGCAUCGAGAAAACCAGCUCAAAAAGAUAUAAGUUUACGUAAAGUAAAAGACAGAAUAAUUAGUAAAAAAUGGGCAUCGAAAAAACCAACACAGGAAGAUAUAAAUAGAUUUAAACCCUCCCUUUGGUAG